AUGACGCACCGGAGCAACCACACCGCCGCGUCGCCCCCGGCGAACAACGCCACGGCCCCGUCUCCCCGGCGGCCGGCGCCGCUGCCUCCAUCCCCCGGCGACGCGGCGUGGGGCCCCUACGCCAGCUCCCGGGCGUUCCUCUCCAACGUGGCCACCAUCCUCAUCAUCCUCGCCUGCGUCUCCCUCCUGGCCUUCUCCCUCCACGCCGCCGCCCGCUGCCUCCUCCGCCUCCUCGCCCGCCGCCGCGCGCGGCCGCCCACGCCCAAGCCCGUGCCCGACGCCGACGCAGGGUGGCCGGCGGAGGCCGGGGUUCAGCUGGCCGGCGGGUGGGCCGACGCGGAGUGCGCCAUCUGCCUCUCGGAGCUGGUGGCGGCGGAGGGCGGCGAGCGCGUCCGCGUGCUCCCGGCGUGCGGCCACGGCUUCCACGGCGCCUGCGUGGACGGCUGGCUCGCGGCGCGCGCGUCCUGCCCCACCUGCCGCGCGCCGUCCCGCCUGUCCCUGGCAGGAGAGCCCUAG